CCUCUCUGACUGACUCUCUCAAAUUGAAUCUCAAGUUCCUUUUCUUUCUUUUUGAUUCUGCGAUCAAAUUCCGACGAACAAAACUCUCUUGCUUCCGCCUGUUUCUUCCGUCCGAUGCAUCUUCUCGAUUGAAUAAUUAUAUCCACCGCAAUUUUAUCACCGGAGGAAUCAGCUCUCAUCUUUCUUGGUUUAGCUCGAUGUUCGCCAGAAAAUUUCUGCAGAAAUCCUCCGGCGCUCACAAUCCUCCUCCUCCUACAGCUCCUCCGCCUCGGGGAUGUUUGGUAGCAGAAGACCUGGAGCCCCAUAUUGUCACCCACUGUGGGAUUCCUUCCACGGCAUCUCUUCUUGCCUUUGACCCUAUUCAAUGUCUCUUGGCUGUGGGAACAUUAGAUGGAAGGAUAAAAGUCAUUGGUGGUGAUAAUAUCGAGGCGAUUCUUGCAUCUCCUAAGCAGUUACCUUUCAAAAACUUGGAGUUCAUGCAGAACCAAGGCUUUCUGGUCAGCAUCUCAAAUGAAAACGAGAUUCAGGUUUGGGAUUUGGAUCUUAGGCAACCAGCAUCAAGCUUACAAUGGGAGUCAAACAUUACUGCGUUUGCAAUUCUUCAUGGCACUGGAUAUAUGUAUGUUGGCGAUGAGUACGGUAUGGUGUCUGUUCUAAAAUACAGUGCUGACGAAGGGAAAUUAGUGCAGCUUCCUUAUUAUGUGCCAACUGAUGCUUUAGCUGAAGCAGGGGGGCUUUCAUCUCCUAUUGAUUAUCCGGUUGUUGGACUUCUUUCUCAGCCUUGUUCAAGGGGAACUAGACUGUUGAUUGCAUUUUCAAAUGGAUUGCUUUUUCUUUGGGAUGCAUCAGAAGAUCGUGUCAUGUUAGUACGAGGAAACAAAAAUCUACCCGUGGAGGGUAACACAGUCGGUGAUUCUUUGGACGCCUCACAUGAUGAGCUUUCUGAUCUUGAACUCGACGGAAAGGAGAUAAGUUCUUUGUGUUGGGCAUCAACCGAUGGUUCAGUUCUUGCUGUUGGCUAUGUGGAUGGGGACAUAUUAUUUUGGGACUUUUCUGAUGGACAAAAGGGGAAGCCAUCUAAUCACGUUGUUAAGUUACAGUUGUCUUCGGCUGAGAAAAGACUUCCUGUCAUUGUUAUGCAUUGGUGUUUGGAUGUAUCCCGCAAGGGUAGUGGUGGAAAACUCUUCAUCUAUGGUGGUGAUAUCAUUGGAUCUGACGAAGUACUUACGAUGUUAGGUCUUGAUUGGUCUUCUGGUAUGGGAGGUCUGAAAUGUGUUGGGCGUGCUGACCUGACCCUUAGCGGUUCAUUUGCUGAUAUGGUCUUGUCUCCAAUUGCCAGUUCAAGGCAAAGUGGGAUGUUUUUAUUUCUGUUGACAAAUCCAGGACAAUUGCAAGCAUAUGACGAUACCUCCCUGGCUUCUCUGAUGUCUCAGAAAGAAAAUAAGAUUUCCGUUCCUCCGCUGCCAUAUCCUAUGGCUGUACCAACAAUGGAUCCACAUAUGACAGUGGCAACAUUUGCUGCAUUAAAUGUGAAUGAUAAAACGUCACUAGCCCUUUCUGAGAUAGUCUUAGCUGCAAAAGCUCGAACUCCACGUACUCCAUCCGGGGAGAGUACACAGUGGCCUCUGACAGGUGGUGUUCCAAGCCACCUUGAUGAUUACAAGCUUGAAAGACUGUACAUGGCAGGUUAUCAAGAUGGGUCUGUGCGAAUAUGGGAUGCAACCUAUCCAUGCCUGUCUCUUAUUUAUGUACUGGAGCCGAAGGCAAAUGUUUUUGACAUAACUGGAGUAGAUGCAUCAGUAACGGCAUUUUGCUUCUGCUCUAAGACUUCUUAUUUGGCUGUUGGUAAUGAAUGUGGUAUGGUUCGCCUAUUCAAGCUGGUCGGCCACAAAAGUGGGGGAACUGUGGAAAUUGUUACCAACACUGACAAGAAAGCUCACCAUUUGCAUCAAGAAGAUGGUCCUCAAUGGUUGGCUGCAUUUGCCUUUCUGAAUUCCCCAGUAUGCACCCUGCAAUUUGUACAGUCUACAAGAAGGCUUGCCGUGGGAUUUAAAUGUGGCAAGGUUGCAAUGCUCAACAUUGGUGUGCUAUCAGUAAUGUUUGUUACAAAUAGCUUAUCUGACUCAGGUUCCCCAAUCAAGUCACUCUAUGUGAAAUCCUCUUCAGCUCCAACCAACUCAAAAAGUGAUCCAACUGAUCACAAUUCCAUAAAUUCUGAAGAUGAUUUAAUCUUGUGUGCAAUGAACAAGGAUGGGCAGACCAAUCUUUUGGAUGGCAAUACUGGGAAAAUACUCGCCUCAUGCUUGAGACCUCAAAAGAACCCAACUGCAAUUUGCAUGCACAUUAUAGAGGAUUGCUAUGAGAUUUCUGAAACGCCCAGUGAAAAACCAGGUGGAAAAGUUUCUGGGAAGGAGAAACAUGAGAACAAAUCUCAUAUAAUCAUUGCCAGUGAGAAUCAUUCACCAAAUGGUGAACAGAAUGCUAUCACAGAAACGAAACUUGUUGAUCAGGGAUUUGUGAACUCAUUAUUUCUCAUGUGUUCUGAGGAUGCUCUGCACUUGUAUUCUUUAAAGUCUUUACCUCAGGGAAGUCUUGAGAGAAAUAUGGAGGUAAAUCUUCCAAGGCCGUGUUGCUGGAUGGGAAUCCUAAAAAAAGAUGGAAGGGAAUGUGCAGUACUCCUGCUUUACAAAACAGGGCAUAUUGAAAUAAGAUCUUUUCCUAAUCUGGAAGUUGUGGGAGAGAGCUCUUUGCCCUCACUUCUUAGGUGGAACUUCAAGCCUAACAUGGAGAAGACAGUAUGUUCAGAUGAUUUCGGCCAUGUCGUCUUGGUAAAUGGUUGUGAAGUCGCCAUCCUUUCGUUGUUGGCCAGCGCAAACGGCUUUAGGGUCCCAGAAUCUUUACCUUUGCUUCAUGACAAAGUCCUUGCAGCAGCUGCGGAUGCUACCUUUAGCCAUAUCUCUGCUCAUAAAAAAAAUCAUGAUGCUCCCAAAUUCCUAAGUAACAUUAUAAAAGGCUUCAGAUCAAGCAGUGAACAGAAGGUGGACCACGUACAAGAUUUUUCCCACCUGGGGAACAUCUUUUCUAAUCCACCAUACUUAAAGCCUUCUGAUAUCGGUGGCGACGACGAAAAGAUUGUCGAGCUAAACAUUGAUGACAUCGAGAUAGAUGAACCUGUGGUCAUCUUGCCUUUGACAGAGAAAGACAAAAAAGAAAAGAAAGAUAAGAGAACAGAUAAGGAAAAACUGUUCGACGGUGCAUCCAGUGAUGCACAACCCAAAACGAGAACUGUGGAUGAAAUUAAGUCCAAAUACAGAAAAGCAGGGGAAACCUCUGCAAUAGCGUCACAAGCAAAGGACAAACUUCUUGAGCGUGGAGAAAAACUCGAGAGAAUCAGCCAACGCACAGCUGAGCUUCAAGACGGGGCUGAGAACUUUGCAUCCAUGGCACAUGAACUUGCUAAGCAAAUGGAGAAGCGAAAAUGGUGGAACAUAUGAGAAAGUUGCAGUCAUUGUGGGUUUUUUCGUAUAUAAAUUAAUGAUCUUUUGAUUUCCACAGGUGAAAACUCUCUUUCAUAAUAUUUGUUCUCAAUCGAAUCUGUAAAAUAGAUUGACCAAAGGGAGCAACCCUUCUAACUUGAGAAGUUGCUUGUGAGCUGAUUUGAGCUUUCGUUUCCCUUAUUUAUGAGAGACUGUCGUUCUCUUUCAGAAUGUUUUCUCUACUUUCAUUUGAUUAAAACCUCAAUUUAUAAUCUA